GUCAAGUACAUGGACAAUAGGGUAUUCGAGCCCGAGACCGCCUGGCUUGAUUCGCCUCGGCCCCUCCUCCCUCUAGCCGCCUUCACCGCCUUGGUCCCUUGCGGCCGACGGCGCCCACUAGAGGAGCCCCCAUGCAUCGGUGGUCGUGCCCUCAACCUCUUGUGAGGCGUUGCCUGACCCGCCCUCACUAGACGAGUAUUGACCACCCGCCGUGUGCUUCGUGUGUUUCGAGCUUGAGCCCGUGUUGGACUAGACACCGCCAGCCCACCUUUCAACGUCUUUGACCGCCUCCCAAAUAUCGACAUGUUGAAUUCUUUGUUGUUGUCGUCAAAAAAGACUCGCAUAGCCGCUCUCAGAAUGUCGUCUCCACUGGCUCCGCUUUGGUAAUUCGCCGCUUCAUUCUUGUAGAUCCCGCAAAAAAUUUUGACAUCUCUAUCAACUCGGUCAAAAUGACUGCGGAGCAUCUUCAUGGUGCGGCGGCGGGACCCUUUGGCUUGUUCUCGUUGUAGACGUCGGUAACCUUUUUUCAUAAACACUUGCGGGUUUGUUGAUUCCCGACGAUGGGAUCGUACGAGACGCUGACCCAAGCGUUGAACAGAGUCUUCGUGUCGUUGCGGUUGUAUGGAUGACGGCCUACAUCCUCCUCCUCCUCGGCUGCCUCCUCCUCUUCCUCCACGGCGUCGAAUGUGCGACCCCCGGAGCUUCCACCUCCUCGUCCUCCUUCCGGAUUGGGUUCAUCCGGAAAAUCCUCCCUAAUUUGGGAUAAUCCCUGCGAUUGCCCAUACCUCGGGGCGGAAGCACGAGAGUACGCAUCCAUGAUGCUUAAAAACGCUCAUUUCUAAUCCCACAUCGACUUCAAAAAAUUGAAGCUUGUACAAGUUAUCAAGCAGAGGUGCAUCGUUAUUAAGCCCAACUCGGUGCCUUGGUAGAAGAAGCAAGCAAUGGAGCUAGCAUUGGUUAUUCUGGUCAUCUACACCCUAUGCUUUGCCAUAACCCCAACUCUUGCAAGUUCCAUGUCGAAGCCCGGUUGUCCACAAAAAUGUGGAAAUGUCACCAUUCCCUAUCCUUUUGGAAUUGGUUCCAAAUGCAGUGCAAACUCCUCAUUCACAGUUAUUUGCAAAAACUCAACAGGAAAUAUGGUUCCAUUCUUGAGCAACAUAAAUUUGGAAGUAGUGAAGGUUUCACUCUGUGGUGCGGUUAUAGUGAAUCUGCCCGUGUCGCUUAUGAACUGCUCUGAAGGAAGGCAAACAAGAGAGUCUAUACCUAUAUCACUCAAAGGAAGUCCGUUCACAGUCUCAGCACUUGACAACACGUUUUUGGUACUAGGCUGCAACACUGCUGUGUGGUUUCAUGAUAAUGGAACGCUUGUUGGAGGAUGCUUGGCCAUGUGUGAUGAUGCUAAUGCUACAGACGUGACCAGUUGCAACGGCAUAAAUUGCUGCCAAACACCAAUUCCAAGACGAGGCCAGGGGUUUGAGUUUACUUACCAAUUUAUUCAACCCAGCAAUAGCAGUUUCUGUGGGUAUGUUUUUCCUGUUGACACUAAUUGGUGGGAUAUUGAGGGUUACAAAAAGCCUAAAGGCCUUGUUGAUAAUCUGUUGAAUCCAUUUGAUAGCGAGUUUAGAUUUGUGCCGUUGGUACUUGAGUGGGAAUUUGGUAAUCAAGAUGGUCAUUGCUCAUCUCCGGAUUCAAAUUAUGGAUGUCCUCGUAGUUCUUAUGAAUACGAAACAUACUUGGGUUACUCUGGAUCCAGUUCAUAUCAAUCUUCAACAAAAUACUGCACAUGUGGAGGAUAUGAAGGAAAUCCAUAUAUACGUGAUGGAUGUAUAGAAACUUAUUAUAGUAGCAAUACAAAUGGAUAUCAUAACCAUGAUAGUGGUAAUACUCAAGCCAUUAAAACAGCAUUCACUGUUAUUGGCAGUGUGGUUGGUGUGGUUAUUUUUCUCAUUGCAGCUUGGAAGUUUGGCAAAGCUAUUACAGAGACAUUUUUGGCUAUCAAGGAAAGCCGGAAAUACAUGUUCUUUAAGAGAAAUGGAGGCAUUUUGUUGGAGCAACAGUUGGCUGCUAUUGAGAAAGGCAUUGAGAAAACCAGAUUGUUUACUUCUGCUGAGUUGGCCAAAGCUACUGAUGAUUAUAAUGAGAAUCGAGUACUUGGCCGUGGUGGUGAAGGAGUUGUGUAUAAAGGGAUGUUGGAAGAUGGAAUAAUCGUGGCAGUGAAGAAAUCGGAGAGGGUGAACCAAGGUGAUGUGGUAGACUUCAUUAACGAGGUUGUGAUUGUAUCACAAAUAAACCAUAGGAAUGUGGUCAAGUUGUUAGGGUGCUGUCUGGAAAGUGAAGUUCCUCGUCUUGUCUACGAGUUCAUCCCCAAUGGCACUCUUUUCUCUCACAUCCAUCAUCCACAUGAAGAUUUCCCCUUAUUCUGGGAAAUGCGGGUGAGAAUUGCAAAGCAAGUGGCAGGAGCUCUUGCGUACUUGCACUCUGCUGCAUCUGUUCCUAUCUAUCACCGUGACAUCAAAUCAACCAACAUACUCUUGGAUGAGAAAUAUCGAGCCAAAAUAUCAGAUUUUGGGACAUCAAGAUCAAUUUCUCUCGAUCAAACUCACGUGACCACACGAGUGGUAGGCACGUUUGGGUACUUGGAUCCUGAGUACUUCCAGUCGAGCCAGUUCACAGAAAAGAGCGAUGUUUACAGUUUUGGUGUGGUGCUGGUUGAGCUUCUAACUGGAGAGAAGGCAAUAUCGGCUGUUAGAGUUGAAGAAGGAAGGGGUCUGGCCAUGCAUUUCCUGCAUUCCAUGGAGCAAGACCAGUUAUUCCACAUUGUUGAUGCAAGAGUGCUCAAAGAGGGCAAAAAGGAGGAAAUCGAGGCGAUGGCUGAAAUCGCUAAAAGAUGUCUGCAUUUGAAUGGGAAGGGCAGGCCAACGAUGAAGGAAGUUUCGCACCACUUGGAAGGAAUCAAAGUAGAGAUUCCUGAAAACCAGAUGCAAAGCAGUGGCCCUGAUCCUAUUGAAGAUGUUGACUCUGAUGGCCUCUCUUCCAUCUCGGAAAUCAUUGAAUGUUCGUCAUCUGAUGAGUCGUGAAGAAUAUAACUAUGGAAUGUUGAAGUAGUAACUUCAUCCUGAGCAAGCAACCUAUGCUUUUCUAUAUCUUCAGCUAUUUGGAUUCUGUGUGUAUGUGUGCGUUUAAUACACAAUUUAACUCAUGUGUGUAGCGUAAUAUGUGCAAUGUUUAUCAUUAAAGACGCUAAAUUUUAUUGCCUAGAAA